AUGAGGAGGAAGAUAGCUUCUUUUGAGCAAGAACCGGAUGAAACUCUUGGGGAAGCAUGGGAAAGGUUUAAGGAUUUGAUUAGAGCAUGUCCUCAUCAUGAAUUCAACCAUAAUUUUCUCAUGAGACUCUUUUAUGAUGGCUUGGAGCCAAUGUCAAGGACCAAUCUAGAUGCGGGUGCCGGUGGCCAAUUGAUUAAAAUCCCUCAAAGCCAAGUUGAAGCUACUAUUGAAGAAGUGGCUACUAGCUAUUCUUGGGGAGGACAAAAAAGGUCCCAAGGGAAGCAAGGAGAUCUUUAUGAGUUGGAGAAAGUCGGCCAACUUAAGCACAUAAUUGAGCUCUUGAAUGAAGGUCUUUCCAAGUUGAACUCAAGUGUUGGUUUGGGUUCAAAACCGUCGCAAAUCAUUGAUUUCUCAUGUGCUUGUUGUGGUGGGAUGAAUCAUGAUGCAUCCUAUUGUAGAGAGUUCAAUCCCAAGAAUGGUGAGGUUUUGAAUUUGAGGGAAAAAGAGUUUGUAACCCAAACUCAAUCUCAACAACUUCAACAACCUCCAAGACUAGAAAACUCCUAUCCCCAUGAUAGACCUCUCUUUAAUCUACCAACCCAAUUUUUUUUCAACCCUUCCAUCCAAAUAGGGAAAUUUCAAGAUCAACAUCAUGACCAAAAUCCUCAAGCGUAUGAAGAACAAUCCCCACCCAACCACACAAAAACCCAAAUUCUUCAACAACGUCAAAUUAUCACUCAACAAUUCCAAGAGAUCAAAUCUCACAAUGAAGUUGUUGAUUCCCAAUUAGCCAAAAUUUAUUCUCUCCAUUUAACCACAAAAAUCCCCUUACAAUCAUCUACUAACCCUUCACAUACUUAUCAACCCAAAACUUUCAAGGAGGAUGAGAGCAAGGAGGACAAGGUUGUAGAAGAUGUGGUUGAGAAGAAGGUUCAAGAACAAAAUGAGGAGCCAUUUGAUUUUAGUGAACCAAACAAGUUUGAAGGCCCAGUUCCCUUUCCUUGUAGGCUAGUUGAUAAUGUUGUUUUGAAGAGCCCUAUGGUGGUGAGCAUAUGUAGAGUUGAUGUGGUCAAUGGUGUGAUGGCUAAUGAGAGCUUACCUCCAUGUGAUGAUAAGGUGACAAUGAGGUAUGAUGACUUCCUUGAAGUUCCCGUUUUGUUUGAAGGCUCUUUUGAGGAAGGUGAGGUUGCUUUUUGGAAGCUUGGAGCUGAGUGA